AUGUUGUCCGCCAUUUUAUUCCUAUUCGAUUUUCGGAACGAAAUUAUCACUCCUAUUCAUCUUUUUUUCCUUCCCAAUUCAAUUUUUCUAUUCUGUGUCUAUUUUUAUUUCUUUUACAAAUUGUUUUCAUUCAACAUUCUUUUCAUUUUCUUUUUAUUUCGCUUGCUUACAGCUUUGCCCAAUUUUCUGAGCCAACACCUCGCCGCUAUCUUUUCUUUCUUUCGAUACAAACGAUUCUUUCUAAAGAAUUUUCCUCUUUUUUCGUUUCUUUUUUGUUUUGACUUCUCAAAAUUUUACUUUUUCUUUCUUCAUCCCUUUCUUUCUUUCUUUCUUUCUUUCUUUCUUUCUUUCUUUCUUUCUUUCUUUCUUUCAUUUAUUCUUUCUUUCUUUCUUCAUGCUGAAUCUAAAAAGAGGCCAAGAGAAAAUUUUAUUUUCAUUUUUUCACUCUUUCAAAUUACUUAUUCGUUUUCUUUUUCUGUUAUUUUCUUUUCUCUCUUUCUUUUAUACCUCUUCCUUUUCCCCGUUCAUUUUCACUUGUUUCUCUUUUUCCUUUUCUCUCUGAUUUUUAAUCUUAUUUUUCUUCUUUUCGUCUUUUCCUUUCAUUAUAUUUUCACUUUUAUAUCUAUCUUUAUUCUUUGGUCCCUUUUACCUCAUAUUCUUUCUUUUUCUUUCCUUUUUCUCUUCUCUUAUUUCAUUCAGUUUUCUUUCUUUUAUUUGCCAUUGCCUUUCUUUAUAUGUCUUUAUGUCUCCUUCAAUAAUUCAAAGAUUUUGAUCAUUUUUUUCCCCGAAGUUUCAUUUCUUGUUGGUUUUCCUUAA